CACAUGGAAAACAUUUGGAGACAGAGGAGAAGAGAGUUGGAUAACUUUUUUUGUAAAACAGUGUGGGGAGGGGAAAGUUGGGCAAGGCGAAGUAACGUCGUCUAUAACUUUUUCCCCUAGCAAAGGCAUUUCACUGAAGGGAAGUAAUUACAAACACGGUGGAUUACAAUUCGCAAUGAAAUAAUCGGAUCGCCUCUGCUGGGAGUAUAUUGUGGAUUAAUGUGGACGUUUUACUUCUUGGAUUAAUCAAUUGUUGUAGGUAGGAGUCGAGCGUCGCUCACCUGUGGAGGAAACCAUGUGGGUGGUCUGGUCCUCUGUGUUCUCCACCCUGGUGUUGCUGUUCAUCACCUCCAGUCCAUGUGAGGGAGGCCUACCUGUGACUGAUCAAGCGGUGCGAUGCCCCUCCCUACAGGUGGAUGACUGGAAGUUCCCCCAGACAGCCAGACACAACAUCACAGGUUUCAAUCUGGUGCGGAGAUUUGGCUUGUUGAAGGUGCCGGGAGUGAAGAAGAUCCGGAACCCCAAUGGGCCUGUUAUCCUGAGACUCGGGAAGGUGCCACUCACCCGACCCACUGAUCAGGUGUUCCCCCAUGGGCUGCCAGAGGAGUUCACCCUGGUCUUCACUCUGCUGCUGAAGAAAAAGUCUGUCAAGGACAACAUCUACCUCUUCCACAUCUCAGACGAGCAGGGCUACACUCAGUUCUCCCUGGACCUGAACGGGCCAGAGCACACGCUCGCCCUGCGGGCCCGUGGCGAGGGCGAGGACGGCUUCGUGGGAUGCGUGUUCGGCGGGGAGGGGGUGGAGUCUCUCUUCGACUUCCGCUGGCACAAGGUGGCGCUGAGCCUGCAGGCCGGAGCGGCGUCCCUGCACGUAGACUGCGGCUCCAUCGAGACCAAACCCGUGGAGCCCAGAGUGCAGCUCUCCACGCAGGGCCACACCGUACUGGCCAUCCAGGCCUCUGACGGAGCAGCCGUGGAGAUGGAUGUCCAGCAGGUGAUGAUGUACUGCGAUCCCGAACUGGCCAUCCAGGAAGCCUGCUGUGAGAUCCCUGGAGCGCGGUGCCCUCCCGAUGCGCCUAAGAGCCGCCGCGCCGCGGAAAGCAGCCCUCGCACCAACCUGGUGGAGCUGUUGCCACGCCCUGAGGGCCAGGGAAUCCUGGGAUCUCAAGACCGAGCAGACAAAUGCGCUGGGUGUGCCCUGCUCAACGAGGAACAACUUGUUGAGAGAGGACAAAUGAUUGACGGCUUGCUGCACGGAAUAAAAGGAGCGAAGGGAGAUCGGGGUUUUGACUGCUCUGGUUCUUCCGGCCCGUGCUCGACGGGGCCCAAGGGAGAGAAGGGGGUGAAGGGUGAGCCGGGGGGCUCGGGAAACUGGGGGGACGGAUCCAGGCAGAAGGGGGAGAAGGGUCAAAAGGGCGAGGAUGGUUUGCAGGGUCUGUCCGGGUUCCCUGGAAAAGAUGGUAGAGCUGGGUCGAUAUGUGUGGUUGGCCCCAAAGGACAGAAGGGCAUCCCGGGGCUGGUUGGGCCAGAGGGUCUGGCAGGAGAACCGGGUCUCCCAGGGCUCCCUGGGCAGCCGGGUGCUGGGAAACCUGGACUGCCGGGGAGGCCAGGCGGACCUCCAGGAUCGAAGGGGGACAAGGGGGAUUCUGGGAUACCUGGCACGGAUGGCGAGCCUGGAGAUCCUGGACCCAGAGGUCCAAGAGGGCCGAGUGGAGAAAAGGGCGACCCCUGCGAGUUCUGCCCUGUGCCCACAGACGGGCAGGAUAUCAUAACCCUCCAAGGAAAGCCAGGGCCUAGAGGAGAACCCGGGGUCCCAGGAAUAGGGGAAAUAGGUCUGCCGGGCCUGGCUGGCUCCGACGGGAAGGCUGGCGAGCAGGGUGAUGUAGGGGUGAAAGGGGAAAAGGGGGAGCCCUGCGCCGUCUGCCCCACGUUGGGAGAAUUGCCCGCUGCCCCGAUCGUGUCCAAAGGGACGUUUGGGACAAAGGGGGAGAAGGGAGAGCCCGGAAGAGGAGACAAGGGGGAACAGGGGGAAGUAGGGGCUGUUGGACCUACUGGAUUACCAGGAGAGAAGGGUAGCCACGGUGACAAGGGAUCUGACGGAAAAGUUGGCAAGACUGGACAGAGGGGGCCGCAGGGUCGCGAUGGGCCAAAAGGACCGAUGGGCAAAUCUGGGCUUCCUGGACUGGCCGGGAAUGAAGGCGCAAAGGGGGAGAAGGGCGAGUCAUGUGGGCUAUGCCAGCACCCCUCUGAGGUGGGCAGUGGAACGAUCACUGUCAAAUUGCCAAAUCCGACUGGGGAACCAGGACCUCCAGGGCCUCCCGGACCUCCAGGCUCGGAAGUGGUGGGAAAACAGGGGGAGCCAGGUGUGGUGGGCGCGAAGGGAGAAAAGGGUGACCCAGGUGCACAGGGUGACCCAGGUACAGGGGGAAUCCCCGGAACCCCAGGACUACCCGGAGAGUUGGGGAGAGAUGGCUUACCAGGACACAAGGGCGAGAAGGGAGAUGCCUGUGACAGCUGUCCGCCUCUCCCAGACGGACUGCCGGGGACAGGGGGAUUGGCGGGGCCAAAGGGCGAGAGAGGGGACCCUGGCCCCCCAGGACUCGGUCAACCAGGAAAACAUGGUAAACCUGGUCUCCCAGGUGUCCAAGGACCUCAAGGACCCAAAGGGAGUCAGGGUGAACCUGGAAUUACAGGCGUUGGUCUUCCAGGACCCAAGGGCGAGCAAGGACCCAGGGGCAAGCCUGGAGCAGCUGGAUCUCCAGGGAAAGACGGUGUUCCAGGGCCUGCAGGACAGACUGGGGAGCAGGGCUCUACAGGGGAGAGGGGCCCUCCGGGGCCACAGGGGCCCGCAGUGGAAGGAGUGCCAGGGGCCCCGGGGAAGGACGGCGCCCCUGGACGGCACGGGAUUCCAGGCGAGGACGGGCAUCCUGGACCCACUGGCACCAAGGGGGACAAGGGUGACCCAGGGGAGUGUAGUUGUCCGGCUACGCCCUUCACUGGAACUGGAGGACCUGGAGCUCCAGGAACUGUUGGCAUUUCCUCAUGGCAGCCUGGUCCACAGGGCCCCCCUGGACCUCCAGGACCCCCAGGCCCACCAGGGCCCCAGGGGUCCACAGGGGUGACAGGACCGCAGGGCCUCCCUGGCAAUGAUGGCGUACCAGGGAAACCGGGUCUGCCCGGGAACUUAAUGCCCCGUCCACUUCAGGAAGAUGAAAAGGAGGUUAUCUGUGGGGACUGCUCAAAGGGUCUCCCAGGCGUUCCCGGCAAUACAGGCGUCAAGGGCGAGAAGGGAGAGCAGGGCACACCUGGGGCAGGAACCAGCAGUGGGGGCUGUGAGAAGUGCUUCCAGAGGCUGAACAAGCAGGAGAGUGCUGACAGUGCCAGUACUGGACAUGGUAUACCAGGGCUACCAGGGACCCCAGGCGAAGCAGGACUCAAAGGCGAGCAGGGUCCUCCAGGUCAAAGGGGAUUCGCUGGCCCUCCUGGGAACAUAGGUCCUCCAGGAUUUCCAGGCCCUGCAGGCCCACCUGGAUUAGCUGGUCAACAGGGGGAGAGGGGGCAGCCUGGGCCACCAGGAUUGAAGGGGGAAAAUGGUCCUCCAGGAACACCUGGGUACCCCGGAUCCAUGGGACCCCCUGGACUUCUUGGACUGAAGGGUGAGAGAGGUAACCCGGGCAAUGCUGGACAGAAAGGAGAGUCGGGACCCGCGGGAGCCCCUGGGUAUCCGGGCUCUUCAGGUCCUGCAGGACUCAAAGGUGAAGCAGGCGUGGCAGGACCCACUGGACAAAAGGGAGAGCCGGGUUUCCAAGGACAACCAGGAUUUCCAGGACAACCUGGUCCCCCUGGUUUCGCAGGCAAGGCGGGUUCCCCAGGGCCUCCAGGACCGAAAGCUGAGAAGGGCAGCGAGGGCCAGCGAGGCUCCCAGGGGCCCACAGGGCCCCCCGGAUCACCUGGUUCUCCUGGCAUGCCGGGACCUCCUGGGAUGGAGGGAUUGGAUGGAAAAGAUGGAAAGCCAGGAGUCCGGGGAGAAACUGGUCCACCUGGCCCAGCUGGACCCAGAGGAAUCCCGGGUUUCAAAGGAAAAACCGGACAUGUUGGCUUCCCAGGACAGAAGGGAGACCUUGGUCCUCAGGGCCCACAAGGGAAGAUAGGCCGACCUGGAAUGGAUGGAGACCCUGGAACCCCUGGACCUCAGGGCCGGCCUGGACCCCCAGGACACCUUGGAGCUUCAGGACCUCCUGGGUCUCCAGGCCCUGCAGGACCCCCGGGAGUGGGCGUGAAGGGGGACAAGGGUCAGGCUGGAGACAGAGGACUGCCAGGGAUGGGUGGCCCUCCUGGAGCUCCAGGGCAUCCAGGACUACUGGGAGAACCAGGUACAGAUGGAGCCCCGGGGAAAGAUGGAGCUCCUGGACUUCCAGGAAACAAUGGUCAGCAAGGACAGAAGGGUGAGGCAGGGGCCCAAGGACAGAGGGGCCCCGCUGGGGAGCGGGGACGCCCUGGCCCUUCUGGCGGCGGGUACUCCUCCAAGGACACGGGCGUGGCCAUGAUGGGCCCGGCCGGACCCCGUGGGGAGAGGGGGACUCCGGGACAGCCCGGUCCAGCCGGAACUUCUGGACAGCCGGGAACGCCUGGGACAGAUGCAGUGGUCAACUACGAUGAAAUCAAGAGCUUCAUCCGACAGCAGGUCAUAAAGAUCUUUGAUGAGCGCAUGGCGUACUACAUGUCCCGCAUGCACACGCCCGUGGAGGUUUCGGCUCCCGGCCGGCCCGGUCCCCCCGGCAAGGACGGAACCCCUGGCAGACAAGGGCCUGCUGGGAUGCCAGGCAUGCCAGGACAGAUCGGGAGAGAGGGGCGACAGGGACCCAUGGGGCCACCUGGUGGUCCUGGUGCAAAGGGAGAUAAGGGGGAUAAGGGCAUUGGUGAGAUGGGUGACAGCGGCCCACCCGGAGCUCCAGGUAUGCCAGGAUCUCCAGGCUAUGGGAAGAUGGGUCCACCUGGUCCGGUAGGACAGCAGGGAGUACCCGGAAUCCCAGGCCCUCCUGGAUCCUCAGGAUCACCGGGGAAGCAGGGUCAUUGUAACCCCUCAGACUGCUUCAGUGGUAUCCCCGCUGAGUACAACCCCAAGGGGCCCCAAAUGAAGGGCCCCAUGUACUAGCGAGGGAGGCAGAGAAGGGGAGGGAGAGACGCAAGGACCACCGCCUUUCCAAGGCUGAAGCAGCACGAUUUAUGACAAAACCUAAACCAAACCUGGCCUCUGUUUUACCCCGGAUAUCAUAGUCCACUGUACCUGACCCUCAGACACGCUCACUCACACAGGCACACUCACAGGAACUAAAGUUGGAAGUAGAUGUUCUCAGAAAACACUCCCAUUCCACAUAAUCCUAUAAUCCCCACCCUUUUCCUGGAUAAUACACAGAGUGUGUGAAAGACCUGGAGUCACACCGCUUGAGGAGUAAAAAGGAUGCGCACGCUGUUUUUUUUUUUCCCCCACAAAGUUUGUUCCUGGAGAUGGUCAGUCCCCUGGCCCCUAAGCCCCUAUGCUGGAUGCUGUGGAGGAGCAGGGGGAGUGGUAAAUCUUGGGAAAUGGUUUGGUUCCCUGAGCGAACUCUCUCUUUCCCCGACUUUCUUUACCCCGAGUACCCCUGCCACCCAAAAGUUCUUGUUUUUUGUGUUCUCUGCUUUUACGAUCUUUUUUGUUUAUUUUUCCACCGGGACUUGACAGCCCUUAUUUCUGUCCCAGAAAAAGAAAGGAAAAAAAAACCUUGCCUUUGAAAAUUUUUAUUGUAGGUUUACCACUCCAGGGCUGUAAAAAGGUGGAGAAUGUUGAGGCCUUUCCCUGUUCUAUUAGGCAGCUCACCUUGUACUGUUAGCAAUAUUGUCUUGGGCUCGAUUUUUAAUCUCAGGUGCCCCUCCCCCUCCCAACUGAAUUGGCCAUUUCUAAAAAGCAAGCCAAAAUUAUAACUAUUUUUCAGAACCACUCACAGUAGAGGUAUUUUCCUUCCUGUUUAAUUCCACAAAGAAUGUCAUGGCCACAGUAGUUAUAGGACAAGUGUUUGAUGCAAGUGUUUGAUUUGAAUACAACCAUAUUGAAUAUUUGAAUAUGCCCAUUUAUUUUAGGGUUUGUUGUUGUACAUAUUUAUAUUUAUAUAUAUCUGCUUUUUAUAUGAUUUUAAUCAGCAACAGCAUGGCAGUCCUUAUGUUCAUUAAUGUCUUUCUUGUUUUAGCCCACAACCAUGGUUCAUUCAAGAAAAUGAUUUAAAAUUCUGAAUUAUUUAUCUGUAAAAAAAAUAAUAAGAAGAAAAAAUCUGUGCAUUUUGUAGUAUGGCUAUAUAAAUUUUCAGUUCCAUAGGGAGAGGGAAAAUAUUUUUGGUCUGCUUGUCGUUUAUUGUUUUUGGGGGUUUUAUUUUUGAAAAUCAAGCUCAAACAGAUAUUUUGAUAGACAUUUCAGUGAUUUCUAUCUGAACUUCGAUAUCUUGGUGCUAAGCUCUCAUUUUCUGCUUGUAUUCCUAACCCUCGGGUUCGCAUAUUUAAACUUGAAAUGCUUCGUUUGGCAUGCGCCUCUCACACACAAAACACACAAACUUCCAUCAGCAAAGUCUUCACUCCCAUCUCCUUCAACUGACAGCGGUGCGGUUUCUUAGCUUGCCGUUCGGCGACCGGUUCUUAAGCGCUAUGUCUUUUCUAUCUGCCCACAUUAGGAAUAUUGUAAGAGAGCUUUGUUGCUUUCAUCUCCUGAAAUGCUGUCUGUGGAGUCAGCAAUGUUGUUAAUGAUCAUUCCGAUAUUACCGUGCUUUUGCAGCUCAGUGUAUUUUAUCAGCACUUUAUCUAUUCUCUUAUUAGGCCUGCUGCUGCUUUUUUUGAUGUACUGUAACCCUGUGUCACUGUAAUCUAUGCAUCUCGCCACCAUGCUAUUUUCAAAAGGGAGCAAUUUGUCCUCUUCAUUUGUGCGGUACGGCUGGUCCUCAGCCUCCAUCCUAACCCGGUAUAUUUUACCAUGCCUGUGGACCCCCACACACCUCCCUAGCUCCCGCUGUUGCAGGAAACCAUCUCUGAGAAACCACACUCCUCUCUUCCUCUUUCCUUUCACUGUGUCUUUGUUUGUCAGUCACGUGAAAGCCAUCAUGCACAAAGAGAUUUUUUUUUUAUGGAAACCAAAAAAGCAAAUAAACAUUUUGAAGCA